CGCCACAAAAAAUUGAGUUAUAAUCGAUCGUGCGUCUACGGAUUUGGGAGUAAAGCGUGCAGUUUAUUUUCCUUUAUUUAUUUCCCCUUUUUAUUCUCUGUUGUUUUUCCAUUCUUUGAUCUCUGUUAAUCCUCUCUUUCGUUUUCUUUAUUUUCUUUCCCUUUCUUGUCCUUUCGUAACAAACCCUAGACACUUCCGCGCCAUCAACACCUUCGGGCGUCUUACCUCCAAUCAAAGUUUUGGGUCACCGAAUGCCAAAAAGAAAAAACACAGAAAGACGCUACACUAGGUUUUCUCUGCCGUUUCUGGUUUUUGUGAUUUUUUUGAAAUUCUCUACUUCAUUGGAACUACUUUGAGGAACAAGCUCAGUUAACAUCUGUAGAUCACAUGAGAGGGGGAAAUAUAGAAAGUUUGGUUGCAAUUCAGCAGACUAAGAUGCUUGCACAUACACUCUCUCGAAACGAAUUCAAAAUUUCUUCAAUUUGUAUCCAAGAUGAGUAGUGGCGAACUUAUCAUUGAUGAUAAUCAGGUCAAACCAAGAUUAGAGAACCGGGCAACAGAAUAUCAGCAACAGUACACUGUGUCAACUUUAUUGACAGCAAUGUGGGAAAUAAGAGCUCAUCAGAAAGGGUGGAGAGAAAAGGUCGCCAAAUCUAAUGCGCAGACACAAGGAAGAUGGGUUGCUUCACACUGCUUGCGGGACUCCAAAUUAUGUUGCUCCGGAGUGCUCAAAGAUAAAGGUUAUGAUGGUACAUCAUCUGAUAUUUGGUCUUGCGGAGUUAUUAUCUUUGUUCUCAUGGCUGGUUAUUUACCUUUUGAUGAGCCAAGCCUUAUAGGCUUGUAUAAGAAAAUCUGGGAGGCUUUUUUCAGCUGUCCAUCAUGGUUUUCAUCUGGUGCUAGGAAUUUGAUUAAGCGAAUUCUUGAUCCAAACCCUCUUACCGUAUAACUAUUAGUGAAAUUCUAGAAGAUGAAUGGUUCAAGAAAGGGUACAAGCCAUCAAAAUUUGAGCAAGAUUAGGAUGUAAAUCUUGAUGAUAAUAUCUUAUAUUUUACAUGGUUAUGAUUUAAGUCCUUAUUUCAUUGAUAUCUUUAUAUUCAAUCUAAUUUUUAUUAUUUAUUUUAGUUUGGAUUCUAAAUUUUAUUUUUCUUUUAACAUUUUUAGUUAAAAUUUUAAUAGAAAAUUUAAUUUGAUAAUGAAUUUUAAUAGAAAA